GCAUUGCAAAACUUCGGCAUAUAAACUGUAUGUGUUUGAUGUUAUAUUUAGUAGAUCCAGUGACUACAAUUGUAUUAUAGUUAUUUAACGUAUAAAAUUAUACAGUUUUAGUAUAUACGCAAAAUAUGUUACGAUUGUCUGUAAAAAUUAGUCGAAAAUUGUUGCGUUCAAACAGAGAUUUUCAGAAAUUAAAAGAAUGUAAAUUCAGUCGUCUAGCUAAUAAUUCAACGAAUGUUUUUUUAAGAAACAAUUCCUUGAACAAUGUUUAUAAACAUUCAAGAGUUCAUAGAAUUUUUGUCGUUCGUUAUCAAAGUACAGUUGAUUCAUCGACGAAGACAACUGUACCAAGCAUAUCUGCACAACAGGCAGAAAACACAAUAGGAAAUGUAAAUGUAAAUGCCACAGAAGUAGACAAAGAUUUUAUAAGCGAAAUACCAGAUGUACCUGUACCUCCUCCAAGCGAAGAACUAAUAAAUGUUGUUACUGAGGUAUUACAUGCAAAUGGUGAACCUACAUUUACAAGCUUAGGAUUAGGUGGUUAUGGACCAGUUGGAAUUAUGCAAUAUUCAUUAGAAUUGUUACAUAUUAGUUACGAUCUACCAUGGUGGGCAGCAAUCACAAUAAUUACUGUGAUUGUUAAAGCUCUAUCGGUACCACUUGUAAUAAGUUCAAAUAAAAACAGUGCAAAAAUGCAAAAUGUUAUACCACAACUAGUGGCAUUACAAGAAAAAAUGACAAUAGCAAGAAACUGUGGAAAUGAGAUGGAAGUUGCUGUCCGUUCUGCUGAAUUACAAACACUUCUGAAGAAGAAUGAUGUCUCUUUGUUACCAGUUACAAAUGUAGUUCUUAGAAUUCUUCUACAUGUGCCAGUAUUUAUGGCUUUGAGAGAAAUGGCCAAUUUACCUGUUGAAAGCUUAAAGACUGGUGGCCUUUGGUGGUUUACAGAUUUAACUAUUACUGACCCAUAUUAUUUGUUACCCUUAUUUACCAGUGUUGGAUUGUUUUUAGUUACUGAACAUGCAUUGAAAUCUGCUAGUACUCUGAGUCCACUAAUGCAAUAUAUGAUGAGAGGAAUACCAGUCCUUACCUUUGCAUUUGCAAUCAAUUUUCCAGGAGCUAUUUUAUGUUACUGGGUUCUGUCAACUUUUAUGACUGUGGUUCAAAAUAUAAUUUUAAAUGGCCCAAAAGUUAGAAAAUAUUUCAAUAUUCCACCACCGAAAGUACAUAAAAAACAAGAUGACAGUGUUUUAAAAAAGAAAGGCUUUAUUGGAGCAUUUAACGAAACAUUUACUAAUUAUAACAUAUCUCGGAAAUUGUCAAAUCGUCUUCAUGCAGACGAAAUGCAAUUUAACGCAGCGGCAAAAGGUCCUUUGAAAAAAACAUUUAAAUAUAAUCCUGUGACAGGUCCACCAAAGGAAAUAUCAGUUAGACGAGUUGUAGCAACGAAAAAAUAAUAUUUGCUAUUUGUGUAAGUAAAAGUUAUUUGUAAUUUAAAUGAUUGUAUAAUAUACAAUCUAAUAAUAAAUAACUAUAAAAAAUA